UAGAAAUAGCUAGAGUAAAAUUUUUAUGUCAAGAUAAUUGUAUCAGGAAAUAACAUGUUUUUGCACUUAAAAAAAUAUUUUACCUCGAGGUACGUACCUUCUAACGAACGGUGAGAAAGCUCGUUAGUCUAUAAAUGCAGUGCCUUCGCCUCUCCAUUGAUCUCCACACACAACUCAGCAAACCUAGCUUAAUUGCAAACACUAGUCUCAUGAUCAUAACGAUGGGUAAGCAGCCCGUAAUCAUCGUACUCUUGUCAUGCUGCCUACUCGCCGUUGCUGCAGCUGCAGCUGCAGCCGCAGCCGCGCCGUCAUCAGCUGCAGGCCAUGACGAGGAAGCCGACGAAGGCAUGUCCACCUACAUCGUGCACGUCAUGCCGGCGCACGCACCGCUCCGCGGGGCCCGUGUUCGCCUUGCCCGCACCCACUACUCCUCGUUCGUCCGCGAGCUCCUCCCCCCGCACAUCGCUCGCCCGGCACCGCGCCUCCUCUACUCCUACGCACACGCCAUGACAGGGUUCGCGGCGCGGCUGACGGCGCAGCAGGCCGCUCACCUUGCGGCGCAGCCUUCGAUCGCCGCCGUCGUCCGCGGCACGGUCUAUAAGCUCCACACCACCCUCUCCUCCACGUUCCUCCACCUCUCGCCGUCCUCCGGGCUACAGGCGGAGUCCAACGGCGCCACCGACGCGGUGAUCGCUGUCCUAGACACGGGCAUCUACCCAAAGGACCGUGCCUCCUUUGCCCCUCUCCCGUCCCUGCCCCCAACGCCACCCCCAACCUUUCGUGGUGGAUGUGUUUCAGGUCCCAACUUUGAUGCUAGAGUCUACUGCAACAACAAACUUGUGGGAGCGAAGAUGUUUUAUCGGGGAUACGAGUUUGCAAAGGGGCCAAUGAAUGAGACGGUGGAGUCCAAGUCACCACUGGACACUGAUGGUCACGGCACUCAUUGUGCUUCCAUUGCAGCUGGGUCUCCGGUUCCCGAUGCCAACCUCUUGGGCUUUGCCACUGGCGUUGCCAAGGGCACGGCCCCAGCUGCACGCAUUGCCGUGUACAAAGUAUGUUGGAAAGGCGGAUGCUUCACCGCUGACAUUGUGGCGGCAAUCGACGCGGCGAUUGCCGACGGCGUUGAUGUCAUCUCCAUGUCAUUGGGUGCCGUCCAAAAGACUCUUUUGGACCCCGAAGCUAUUGCCUCAUUCAAUGCUGCCCGUCAAGGUAUAGUUGUUGUCGCAGCCGCUGGUAACGACGGCCCCGGGGGUUCAACUCUCUCCAACGUGCCACCGUGGAUGCUGACCGUUGGUUCAUCGAGCAUGAACCGACAGUUCCCGGCGAUAGUUGUUCUUGGCGAUGGCCAGACCUUUGUUGGCAGCUCGCUCUAUCCCGGUGACCCACACAGUUUCAUGAAAUCACUGAUCCUUGCUGAUUCUGCCGGUUCCGCUUAUUGCGAAAUCGGGAAACUUGAUGCUAGUAAAGUGGCUGGCAAGAUCGUCCUGUGCAGGGGAGGAAAGGUUGGUUCUGCGGACAAAGGAGUUGCCGUUGAUAAGGCCGGUGGAUCAGGUGUCAUUAUCGUUGGCCAAGAACAUGAUGGUGAGUAUGUCAGGGCCAUUGCCCAUCUUAUCCCUGGAACGAUCGUUCCUUUUGCAGCUGGCAAAGAGAUCAUAGGAUACGUGGGCUCAACUCCAUAUCCAGUUUGUAAGAUCCUCUUCUUUGGCACACUUGUUGGCGGCUCAUCACCGCCCGCGCCGAGGAUCGCGACCACCUCAAGCCGUGGCCCCAGCAUCCCCGCACCGGGCAUCCUCAAGCCCGACCUAAUCGCCCCCGGCGUCAACAUACUCGCCGCAUGGAGCGGCGUCAGCUCGCCGACGAAGCUCGCUGCUGACACGAGACGUGUCGAGUUCAACAUCAUUUCAGGUACAUCCAUGGCGUGCCCGCACGUGAGCGGCAUCGCCGCCCUACUCAAGAAGGCGCGGCCAAGCUGGAGCCCUGCAAUGAUCAUGUCGGCUCUGAUGACUACGGCCUAUGGCACGGACAACGCCGGCGAUGAAAUCGGGGAUAUGGCCACAGGCAAGGCGGCCGGGCCGUUCGAGCUCGGGGCCGGCCACGUCGACCCAAACAGCGCCCUUGACCCCGGCCUCGUCUACGACGCCGGCGAGGAUGACUACAUCGACUUCAUGUGCUCGAUCAAGGCCUCCUCGCCGUACAACUGCUCCACGCGGGUGAGCAUCACGGGGGCAGAGCUGAACCGCCCAUCCUUCUCGGUGAAGUUCAAAGCAUACGGCGAGAACAUCACGCUGCAGCGCACCGUGCGCAACGUCGGCAGCAACGUCGACGCCGUGUACACCGUCGGCAAGAGGACUGGCUUCCCGCCCGGCACGCGGCUCAUCAUCUCGCCGGGCAAGCUGGUGUUCGACGCCGAGCACCAGACAAGAACCUACACCAUCGUCUUCCAAUCCACGCUGCCCCCCGGCAACUUCACCGAGUACACGCACGGAUCCAUCGUUUGGAGUGACGGCGUGCACAACGUGAGGAGCCCAAUUGCUGUCACUUGGCCAUUUCCGACCGCCGCACUCUCGGUCAUGUGAGCUGCAGCUCUAGCCCUCUCGAUCGCCAUGCAUAAUCCAGCUUCCAGUAUAACAAUAUCCCGCUGUGAUUGUACUACUAAUGUAUUGUCGCUCAUGCACGGUGAUAAAUAAAAUCGGUUGUCUUGUGGUUUAUUUCA